CAAAGACUUUUAAUCUCUUUUUUCCUUCCUCACCAUCUCACUUUUAUAUACAAAUCAGAUUUUCCCAGAUUCUGGUAUAGUGUUCAUCUCUGUAAUAUCAACUCCCAAAUUUUGAUCUUUAUAUUCUCAAUUAUAAUAUGGAUAAUGAUCAAGUAAGUCUUGAUUUGAUCAGUAAUCUUCCACUUGAUAUUAUCAGACACAUAAUUUCAUUUCUUCCACUCAAAGAAGCUGUUCGAAGUAUUAGCCUUUCCACUCUUUGGAACCAAGUUUUGGCUCCCAUUAAUGUCAAGCUAGAGGGCUCCACCAUUGAUGGUGGUGAUGAAGCUGGUUUCAAAGAGAUUGAGCAAGUGUUUGGUGGGUUUUUGAGCUCUUACAAUUCUCCUCAGUUAUUAUGUCUUGGAAAAGUUGUCUUUGCCACUAAAGGGGUUGAAAAUGAGCUUCAUCUAAACUUCUUUGACCAAUCUACUACUACUACUACUCCUUUUCAUUUGAAGCUACACACAAAAAAUACCUUAAAGAAUGCUAACUUCUCUUCUCUUAGAACUCUUCAUCUUUGUUCGGUUAAUAGCAAGGUUAUCAACUUGGUUUCUGAGUUGUUCAAAGGGUUUCAUCUUCUUCAAAGUUUGAAGGUUGAGAAGUGUGUAGGGUUGGAGGAACUCCAUGUGGACAUGGGCAACUCUCUCCAUAGUUUGGUAGUGUUGGAUUGUAAUGACAUUCUUAGUCUUACAAUUUCUGCUCCAAACCUCAAAUCUUUUAGGUAUUGUGGAGUAGUUCUUCCUCGGAUUAUGCAACUCGAAAACACUUCUUUUUUGGUUGAAGUUUCUCUUGAGUUGGAUGGAGGAGUGGCGGGUGGGGGCGAAUUCGAUUGCGAGGAAGUUCUUUCCCUCUUAAAUUCUCUCAAGGAUGUUCAAACUCUCACCUUAAGUGGUUGGCUUCUUGAGUGGAUGUGUAGAGCAGGAGUGAUAUUUGGAAGGCUUGAGUUCCAAUUCAAUAAGUUAGAGAAGUUAUGUUGGAUUGGUUCUUCCAUGGACAAGGCUAAGAGAGAUUCUUUGGCUUGCUUCUUAAACAUAUGUCCUUCAUUGGUCAAACUCUCAAUUGAGAUGAAUCAUAGCCAAAGCUCCAUUGCUUGUCCAUUUUUCCACCAUUAUUGGCAUGAGCCUCAUCUUUGGAUGGAUUAUGAAACUGUGAAAAGUAACACUUCACAACUAAAACACCUCAAAAUGUUUAGCUUAGAAGGAUUCUUGGGUGAAGAAGAUGAAGUUUUGUUAAUGGAGUUACUGCUCAACAAAGCUGUGGUUCUUGAGUCAAUGACAAUAGCAUAAGUAGGGCUUUUUAAACAGGGGAGACAAUUUGCUCUGCUUCAUGAUUUCAAAUGUAAAUGUAAUUAAACUCAAUGGUUAUUAUGAUAUAAUCAAUUUGGUGAAAA